UGCUGGGAGAUUGUGAGACUCCGGAAGUAAACAUUGUGUAGUUGACUUUUUCUUGCGUCGUCUGGUUUUGGGGGUCGGCUUCUGCGGGAUUAGAGGAAACAAGUAACCAUGUCGGCUGCAGCUGUGGAAGCAGUUAAUGCUGCUCCCUUGUCUGGGUCCAAAGAACUGAGUUUGGAGGAACCAAAGAAGAUGACCAGAGAGGACUGGAGAAAGAAGAAGGAGCUGGAAGAACAGCGGAAACUGGGUAACGCUCCUGCAGAAGUUGAUGAAGAGGGAAAAGACAUCAACCCUCAUAUCCCUCAGUAUAUUUCUUCUGUGCCGUGGUAUAUCGAUCCAUCAAAAAGACCUACAUUGAAGCACCAAAGGCCACAGCCAGAGAAGCAAAGGCAGUACAGCUCAUCUGGAGAAUGGUACAAGCGGGGCGUCAAAGAGAAUUCCAUCACUACAAAGUAUCGAAAGGGAGCAUGUGAAAAUUGUGGGGCCAUGACACACAAAAAGAAAGACUGCUUUGAGAGACCUAGGCGAGUGGGAGCAAAAUUUACUGGCACUAAUAUAGCUCCAGAUGAACAUUUCCAGCCUCAGCUGACCUUUGACUACGAUGGCAAGAGGGAUCGAUGGAAUGGCUACAAUCCGGAAGAACACAUGACAAUUGUGGAAGAAUAUGCCAAAGUUGAUCUGGCAAAACGAACACUGAAAGCCCAAAAGCUGCAAGAAGAAUUGGCCUCAGGAAAAUUAGUGGAACAGGCUAAUUCUCCAAAACACCCGUGGGGAGAAGAAGAACCAAACUCUCAGAUGGAAAAAGAACAUAAUAGCGAAGAUGAAGAUGAAGACAAAUAUGCUGAUGAUAUUGACAUGCCAGGGCAGAAUUUUGACUCUAAAAGACGAAUUACUGUCCGAAAUCUGAGAAUCAGAGAAGAUAUUGCAAAAUAUUUGCGGAAUUUAGAUCCAAAUUCUGCUUACUAUGACCCCAAAACGAGAGCGAUGCGGGAGAACCCCUAUGCCAACGCGGGAAAGAAUCCAGAUGAAGUUAGCUAUGCAGGAGAUAACUUUGUCCGCUACACAGGAGAUACCAUUUCCAUGGCUCAGACACAAUUGUUUGCUUGGGAAGCCUAUGACAAGGGAUCGGAAGUGCAUCUGCAGGCAGAUCCUACAAAACUCGAACUGUUGUAUAGAUCCUUCAAAGUUAAGAAGGAAGAUUUCAAAGAACAGCAGAAAGAAGGCAUCCUGGAAAAGUAUGGUGGCCAAGAACACCUGGAUGCUCCUCCAGCUGAACUACUUUUAGCUCAGACCGAGGACUACGUAGAGUACUCCAGACAUGGGACAGUCAUCAAAGGACAGGAGCGGGCUGUUGCCUGUUCCAAGUAUGAGGAGGACGUCAAGAUCAACAAUCACACACAUAUAUGGGGAUCUUACUGGAAAGAAGGGCGAUGGGGAUACAAAUGCUGUCACUCUUUUGUCAAGUAUUCCUAUUGUACUGGAGAAGCUGGGAAGGAGAUUGCUAAUGCAGAGGAAUGUCUUCCAAAUGAUGAUGCCGGAGAGGAGCCCGUGAAAAAGCCUCAAACCCUCAUGGAGAUGCAUCAGGAAAAACUUAAAGAGGAUAAAAAGAAGAAGAAGAAGAAGAAACAUCAAAAGAACAGUUCUGAUAGUGAUAGUGAGGAAAAACGUGAAAAACUGAAAAAGGCACUGAAUGCAGAAGAGGCCCGUCUUCUUCAUGUAAAAGAGACCAUGCAAAUCGAUGAGCGGAAACGGCCUUACAAUAGUAUUUAUGAAGCCCGGGAACCAACGGAAGAAGAAAUGGAGGCUUACAGGAUGAAACGGCAGAGACCAGACGACCCCAUGGCCUCUUUCCUUGGCCAGUAGAAAGGAGUCAUAGGAGAUCAUCCAAAAUGGACACAACUUCUGUGUCCUUUUCAGCUUCUUGCUGAUAAUAGUAGAGGGGAAGAUCCUCUUCCGCUCUUCUUCCUGUUGCUAUUAUUAAAGCUUCCAGAAGUUCCACAGUAAGUUUAUUCUGUUCCAUGCUGAAGAAACAGAACAUACGUCAAAUGAGAGUUCAGAUGUUCGUUUUCUCUUGAUAAUGCAGGAAGAGUUCCCAGGUGGAUGCCUGAGUGUCCUCUACUCAACAGAUCUUACAUCUCAGUUAUUCCUCAUAUGUUGAAGCCUUUUAAUAUUUAUACACAUAUUUGAAUGUAGAUUAAUUUUUCUCAAAAACUCCUUCCUUUUUUAAUUACUAGUAACUCUAAUUAGAGUUAUUUGAAAUAAUUAUUGGUCUUUCUUAAGGUUAGGAACUAAAGCUGAAAAAAUUAUUCACCUUGGGCUUUUAAUCCCUGAAAGGAAAUCUGUAUAACAUGAGAACAACUCUUUCCCUACAUCUGUUUGAAUGGCAGUAUUCUGUUAUUUACUUGUUUUAUUUUUUUUAUUAUACUUCCUUUUUAGUACAUCUACAAACAGAACUAAGUAUCUUAGCCUUGACCUAUUGAAACUGUCCAUGGAAAAUUAAUUAUCUCCUCAUCCUCAAACCUGUGUUGUCCAAUCAGCUAGGUUUUAUAGCAUGCUGGAUGUGAACUUUGAGACAUAAGAAUCCUUCAUCUGAGAGGAUAUAGAUGUGUGAUAUUUUUUGUUUUAUUUAUGAUUGCCUUUAUGUAACAAUUGUGAAAAUUAAAUUGAAUAAAGAAAAUAGGAAAUCCAUUGUACUUAACUUUACAGCCAGCAGAUGUCGCUUUCUAUGUAAAAUUGGCACAAGGCAAACCUGGAGUUUUCUUCAACCAUCUGUCAGAAUCAAUUGUGAGAACAUGUAUAACUCUAGUUUUCACAAUCCUCAAGCUAAGAGCAUUGUGAAGCUGAUACCUGAAAAAAAUGGAAUCAGUGCCAACCAGUUAGAAAUCCCUGAUAUGAACUCAUUGACAGUACAGCUCACUAGCUUUUUUACAAACACCACUUGAAAGAUACUGUAUUAAGUGAGCAUCUCAGAAAUCUGGCUAGUAGAAGAGGGACUGAGUCAGUCUGUCGAACGCUUUUGAUACACAUGCGCUGGGUGGUGCUUGGCUGCAACCAGGAGGUUGGAGUUUUGAGUCACCCAGAGAGAAGAGCCUGUAAAUCUACUUCUAGAAAAUCAGCCGCUAAAAAACGUUCCAGUACAAUCCUACUCGAGAUUACAUGAAGCACUAUGAAGCAACAACAAAAAGUGAAUAAUACAUGGUAUCAAUUCUGCUCACACUAUUAUGAAAACUUUAAAAAUGGAAAUAGAUUUCAUUUUUUAAUGUCAAAAUUAACAUGGACGACAUAGUGCAAUGUAAAGCCUGAUACUGGUGUGUUGAAUUUUAUUUCUCUUGUCAGUAAAAGUAUUUAUCUGAGAAUA